AGAUCUCCGCAGAAGAAGAAUUUAACAUCGAGAAGUUGCAAUUGGUAGAAGCAGAGUUUGCUGAGGUCAUAUUCGAAUCAUUGAUAUGAUUAGCAUAUACCCCACACUGAAGCUCCUCAUGAAGCUCCAAUCCUUUCAAGUGGUUAUGGUUGAGAAAAUGGGACUUCCUGAUGGAUUGGAUUCUGGUACAUCUAAAGGUUAUGGUGAUGUUCUACGUUGUUGUCGGACGUGGAGUAAGAUUGAAAGACGGAUUGCCACUCUUGAGUUUGACCGUGAUAGGAAAUCGAUGGGAGUUAUAGUGAGUUCCAGCUCAAGAAGAAAGUCAUUGCUUGUAAAGGUUUUACACCAUAUUCUGUCAAGAUUUGACACACUUUUAGGAAAAUGAGCUUUUGCAUCAAAGUAAAGGGAGCAUUUAAUGCCAGAAAUCAAACCUUUUGCAUCAAAGAAAAGAGCUUGAAGUCACUUCUUGGGACUCCAUAUGCCAGGUGACAGAUGGAUCUAGUGGCAUUCACCAGGCUUCUUCACAAACACAUCAGAGAUCCUCUUUUGGAAGUCAUGAAAUGCAACCUUUUAAUUGGGGUAAGUAUUUCACUUAUAUAUAUAUUUCAUGGAAUAGAAAAAUCAAUAUUUUUCUCUUUUUUAAUGUCAUUUUCAUGUUUCAAGUAAGUCACCAUUACAAAUUUUAAUAUCAACAUCAAACUCUAAUAUGAAAUAAAAAAAUAGACCCUUGGAUGUUUUUGUUGGUUGGUUGAUUAGUGGCUGCUACAAACCCAACCUUUGGCAUUGUUUGCAUGAAGUGGCUGCCCUCAGAUUAUAAUCUACAGUCCAAGCAUUUACCAUUCCACAAAGCAAUUUUCCAGAUAUGUGGUAUCUACGUAUGUGUAUACAAACAGUGUAAAAGCAUACGUACCUGUAUAUAAGCAGUGUAAAAGCAUACAUGAAUGAAAUGGUAGGUCUAUCCCAGAACUUUCGGAAUUCAUGUCAAAUUGAAUAUAGAUUGAGCUUUGAUCACUGUAGCACAUAUACAAAGAAUGAGCAUGAGAUACAUAUAUUACUCAGCAAUGUUACGGUAGGGGUGGGCAUAGAUUGCUC